CCCAGGCGUGCCCGCGUGGAGCGCGGCGCCGGGCCCGGGCGCUGGCGGAGCAUCGCCCUGCGGCCCCGGCGGGUCGGCCCCGGCAGGUGUUGCCUGGAGUUUCAGGCGACUUCCCCGACUUCCUCGUGUUUCUUCGUUUCUGGAGAAGCUGCAGCGUUUGAGCUGCCCCAAACGAAGCUCGUUCUUAUAAAAUCAGGGUGAAAAUACAGACGUUCUAAGCACAAGUGGACUGCAGGCUGCUGUGGUGAUGCAGUGAAAGUAGCUGAAGCUUUGCCCAUGUGAUGUCAUGCGUGUAACUGAUGGGGUGCAUACAGAUGGAAAAUGGCACGAGGUUGCUCGUGCUUUAACAUUUCUCCUCGACGUGGCAGUAGGGAAAAGGCAACCUGCUCAAGCGUAGAAGAUGCAGAUACAGACCCACGUGUAUUAGAGAAACAAGAACUUCAGCAGCCAACCUAUGUUGCUCUAAGUUACAUUAACAGGUUUAUGACUGAUGCGGCUCGACGUGAGCAGGAGUCUUUGAAGAAGAAAAUUCAGCCGAAACUCUCUUUGACUUUGUCAAGCACAGUGUCCCGUGGGAAUGUAUCCACUCCGCCUCGCCACAGCAGUGGAAGCCUUACUCCUCCCGUUACCCCUCCAAUCACUCCUUCCUCUUCGUUUCGUAGUAGUACUCCAACAGGUAGUGAAUAUGAUGAGGAGGAAGUAGACUAUGAAGAAUCAGACAGUGAUGAGUCCUGGACUACAGAAAGUGCUAUCAGCUCUGAAGCUAUCCUUAGUUCAAUGUGCAUGAAUGGAGGGGAUGAGAAACCUUUCGCCUGUCCUGUUCCUGGAUGUAAAAAAAGAUAUAAGAAUGUGAAUGGCAUCAAGUACCACGCCAAGAACGGCCACAGAACGCAAAUCCGCGUACGCAAACCCUUCAAAUGCCGCUGUGGGAAGAGUUACAAGACAGCUCAGGGCCUGCGGCACCACACAAUCAAUUUCCACCCCCCCGUGUCUGCUGAGAUUAUCAGGAAGAUGCAGCAAUAACAUGCUGGUCACAAAUGUGCCAAGAAAUCCUCACCAGCAGUUGCUGAUUUUGAGAACAGCCACCUUUUUCAGGGGAAGCAUUCAGCAACCCUUUAAACAAUUAAAUGCAUGCUUUAAAAUUUUCUGUAAUUUUGGAAUGAUGUAUCUUUGUAGAGUUAAUGAUUUUGUACAUUUGCACAUGUAAUCAUCGUACCCAUUUUCAUUACUUCGAGAUAAGGUGCUAUAAAAGCUAUAGAUUCUUCAGAACAUUUUUUUUUCUCCAAAACAAAAGAGUGAGGGGGCGUCGCGUGCUCAGUUGUACGGAAGCGCUGAAUAGGAGUAAGAGGAGGAGAGCUUGGCACUGACAUCAUUUCAAGAUUGUAACGUGAUGAAGACUCUCGCUGCAUCUGUCAAUGUGUGUGCAAAACCAAAACGAGACCGCCAUUGUCAAACCAUAGUUAACAUGCCUUACAUAUGGAGUUAUCAGUGGAGUAGCGAGUCUUUUAGGUAAUGGAAAUAUAAAUAAGAAAGAAUGUUUAACAUAAUAUGCUAAAAAUAUUUUCAUACUUAAAUAACAUACAUAAAAGGUGUGCUUGCUGUAUUUUAUAUUCUCUUGCAAAUCUUUUUUUUUUUCCCCCUCUUGACAUGCUGAAAAUGUUGCCAUUUGAACUAGCAAACAAUCACGUUAGCAUUAGAAAUUUGCUUUUUUUUUUUUUUGUACAAGAUGUCAUGUUACGUUCAUGCCCAUCAGACUUUGGAGGACCAAUAUCCCAGUCCAACCAACUCGUUACCCCCGACGUAUCUGUUAGAAAGACGCUUGGAAAUACUUAAGUGCAAAUUUAUGUGUGUGUGAGAAAAGAGUUACCUUCAUCCCAGAUGAAGUCCUAAAGCACUUUGUAGUUCUCUAUUGCCAACAGAUUUAAUGUUUUAUGUGUUGCCAAUUCUUGCAACUGCCGCGCUAGCGUGUGCCUGUGGUUGCAAAUAAAAAGGAAGAGUUCUGCGCAUGGUUUCAGGAGGUCCGUUCUUUGUGCUGAGGGGGUUUCUAAUGGCUCUCCCUCACACUCAUUGUAUUUUGAGAUUUUUUUGUACAUUUCUUGCUUCUAACUGUUAAGUCGCUGCGUUCCCUUUGGAAGUGUCUGUUUAGCUUUACAAUUAAUUUUGCCGAAAUAUGACGUAUGAGCCUUACUGAAGAUUAAGUGCUUCUUGCAGCAGGUGGUCAGAGAUUGACUUAGAAGUCAACAUGAGAGAGCUCCGUGUCUGGACCAUACCUGAACAUUUGUUGCUUACCAUCCUGCCUUGAGCGUUCUUCUCUCACAAGUGCUAUUCCUGGAAUGUAGCUGGCCAGUUGCAUGAAGUGGGCACCCCCACCUCGAAACACGGUGAGGACUGCAACAUUUUCAAUACAGUAAUCGCCUUUGCUUAUUUGCUGUCCUUUUAAGUAAGUGCAAAAGAAAGCUCACCUGUGAGGAAUGAGCCUUCCCUUUAUUUUGUUGCAAAGCUUUAAAAGAAAAUGUUUGGAGGGUAACAAUUGCCUGUUCUUCAGCUGAGUAAAGCUCCCUCUGAAAGGCUGGGCCUCGUCCUGAUCAACACAGGUAGAACAUCUGUAUUUAAACUCAAUGCCUCUUUUUCCAAUCCUACGGAGCCGGCAGCGCUUGUACGGCACAGUGCCGGCUCCACGGAUGCUCCAGACAUGAGAAUGAGUGGUACUGGUACUCGGCAGGCCCCAGGUGGCCGCUUCCUACCUAAUGCAGUUUUGGCAACGGAUGUGGCCAACAACUCUGUUCUGGCUCUGCUCCUAGUGCAAGAACCUACAGGCUGGGUAAGUAAAUCCAACAGCUAAACAGUCGUAAAACGUCAUUGUUGCAUGUAAAUUCCUUUCAACUAUAAAAAUGAAAUUCCAGUUUCUAUUUACCUAUUCAUCGUGACAGUAUUAUUAAACAGGUAAAGAUGGGACUAUUUUGUUAUACUGUGUAUAGUGAAUGUAUUGUACUGUGUCUGUGAAAAAGUGUGCUUUAAAUUAUAUUUUCAUAUGUUUUGUUGGGGACAAAGUCUUUAAGUUUGAAAGUGACAGAGGUUUGUUUGAGAACUGAAGGCAACUUAACAAAUUCCUGUCAAGAAAGCUGCUUAUAAAUGUAAAUCAAAUCACAUUUAAAAUAAACUGCCUCUGACCUAAAAA